CUCUCCUUUGUUGUCCGGUCUGCUUGUUCUUCAUCUAACUGCGCAUUAUACAAGAAGAACUUGUCCAGCUCUCCUCUACUCGAUCGCCCGCAAUGGAAGCCGCUGCCAUGGAUGAGGACAGCAAGCAGUUCGACGCCAUGAACGGCGGGCACGACGACGACAACCAGCCCGACCCAGACGAGCCGCUCAUGAUGGACGCCGGACUCGGGAAAGUCUGGCUGGUGAAGAUCCCCAGACACCUGAUGGAGCGCUGGUCCGCGAUCGACGAGGAGGGCGUGCACCUUGCCAGCAUCCGCAUCUACCACCAGGCGGAGUCGUCGCUCGGGCGGCGCCCGCGCAUCGUGCUCACGCUGCCCCCCGACCCGAAGCACCCUGAGGAGCCGGACGAGUACGAGAUGGACAUGGUGAACCACGACGUCGAGAACCAGAUCGUGAUCGCGGAGCGCGAGAAGGAGCCUGGCACGGCGAGCCGCGCGCGCACGACGAUCCUGACGGGCUCGGUGAAGCACGAGUGCAACAUGCGCCCGACGCUGACGGAGCGCUACCGAAGGCAGCUGAAGGAGCGGAACCGCGCGGCGAACGCGCCGAAGCGGACGACGAUGCGGAUCGAGGAUGCACACCCGGGUGGGCGUGGCGAGAUCAACAUGCUCACGAGCGGUGCGAAGAACCAUGCGGGCUUCAACCUCGUCAAAGCGAAGCCGAAGCCGCAAAAAGGGCAGUUCGAGCGCAUGGCGCGUAUGCCGCGCGACCAGCUGCUCGACGAGCUGUUCCGUGCGUUCCAGGAGCGCGAACGCUGGUCGAUCAAGGUCCUGCGCGAGCGCACGCAGCAACCCGAGGCGUACCUCAAAGAGGUGCUAAGCGAGAUUGCGUUCCUCCAUCGCAGUGGAGAGUUCAACGGCUCGUGGGAGCUGCUGGCCAACUACAAAGGAGAGGGGAUCAAAGCGGAGAACGUUCCCAUCCCUGUAGGGUACGAAGUCAAGGCGGAAGACGCCAACAUGGACGAAGACGACGACGACUCGGAUGACGACGAGAUGGAGGAAAUCUCAUGAUAGAGUAUCGACGGCGGAACCCCCACACCCGCCCCUGCCCACCCGGACGCUUAUACUGAGUGCCUUCUUGCCUGUUCCAUUAUGUAUUUCUACGUCGUCGCAAAGUACUUACACGCAUGUCCUCACUACCAUAUAUACGCAAUGCAAUCUAGUUA